AAUCACUCAGAGACUAAUUGUUGGUCCAACAAUUAACCACAAUGAAACAUUUUGAUACCAAUAUGUUUGCAAUCAAAUCUAAUUUUGAACAUAAUCAUUUACGGACUUUAAUUUUGUCCACGUUAAUUGUUUUCUUUACUUUAUUGUGCUCAUUUUUAUUAAUGUUGAUGAUAAUCAACAUUUACCAUCAUUAUCAGUACACAAAUGAUUUAAGUUACAAUCAUGAUCGUCAUCAACAAUGGUAUCAUCACAAUCAAGAUGAAAUUAAAACUAAUUCAAUUGAUGGAGACCCAAUUGAUCAACAAUCAACAGAAACAUCAACACCUUUAUCAUUAAUUACAACUCUAUCAUCAAUUUCAUCAUCUUCAUCAUCAUCACCGUCAUCUGAUUUAAUUACCGAUAAACAUCAAGGAUUAAUGAACAAUCAAGGAGUUGAAUCUUAUGUUCAAAGUGUUUUAGAUUCAACAUUCAAAGCAACCCAAGAGUAUCUUAAUCAACGGAAACAGAAUCCAAUCAAUUGAUUAACAACAACAAUUAACAUCAAUGAAAAAGAUUAAAAUUGUACGAGAAAAGUAAUUGUCAAGGAAAUAAAUCAUUUCAUUAAUUGUCUCAA